GCAGCUCAGUCCGGAUCUGUAAGCACCGACAGGAGCCAUGGACGAGAUGGAGGAAGAGCUGAAGUGCCCGGUGUGCGGCUCCUUCUUCCGGGAGCCCAUCAUCCUGCCCUGUUCCCACAACAUCUGUUCUGCGUGCGCGAGGAACAUCCUCGUGCAGACCCCCGACGCGGAUGACUCCCCGCAGAGCAGAUCUGGGGGGGACUAUGACUACCUGGACCUGGACAAGAUGAGCCUGUACAGCGAGGCGGACAGCGGGUACGGAUCCUACGGGGGCUUCGUGAGCGCGCCCACCACCCCGUGCCUGAAGUCUCCAAACGGGGUGCGCGUUUUCCCUCAGCCUCCUCCCCCCCAAAGCCUCCUGCAGCCCGGAUCCUUAGCCCAAAACCUCCUGCAGCCCGGAUCCUUAUCCCCGAACCUCCUGCAGUCCGGAUCCUUAUCCCCGAACCUUCUGCAGUCCGGAUCCUUAUCCCCGAACCUCCUGCAGCCCGGAUCUUUACCCCCCAUCCCCCGCAACUCCUGCAUCACAUGCCCGCAGUGCCACCGCAGCCUGAUCCUGGACGAGCGGGGUCUGCGCGGCUUCGCCAGGAACCGGGUCCUGGAGGGGGUGGUGGACCGGUACCAGCACAGCAAGGCGGCCGCGCUCCGGUGCCAGCUGUGCGAGAAGAGCCCCCCUCACGAGGCCACGGUGAUGUGCGAGCAGUGUGACGUCUUCUACUGCGACCCGUGCCGCGUGCGCUGCCACCCCCCGCGCGGCCCGCUCGCCAAACACCGCCUGGUUCCGCCCGCGCAGGGCCGGAUCAGCCGCCGCACGAGCCCCCGCAAAACCUCCACCUGCACGGAGCACGAGCUGGAGAACCUGAGCAUGUACUGCGUGCAGUGCAAGAUGCCCGUGUGCUACCAGUGUCUCGAGGAGGGCAAGCACGGGACGCAUGAGGUCAAAGCUCUUGGAGCCAUGUGGAAACUGCACAAGGGUCAGCUGUCUCAGGCUCUCACCGGACUCUCAGACCGAGCCACCGAAGCCAAAGACUUCCUGGUUCAGCUGAGGAACAUGGUGCAGCACAUCCAGGAGAACGGAGUGGAGUUCGAGGCGUGUCUCGUGGCUCAGUGCGACGCUCUCAUCGAGGCGCUGAACCGACGCAAAGCCCAGCUGCUGUCCCGGGUCACCAAGGAGCACGAGCACAAGCUCAACGUGGUGCGGGAUCAGAUCUCCCACUGCACGGUGAAGCUGCGUCAGACCACCGGCCUGAUGGAGUACUGCCUGGAGGUCAUCAAGGAGAACGACCCCAGUGGAUUCCUGCAGAUCUCGGACGCUCUGAUCCGGAGGGUGCACAUGACGGAGGGGCAGUGGGGGAAGGGAACCCUCACCCCCCGCAUGAACAGCGACUUCGACCUGACUCUGGACAGCAGCCCCCUCCUGCAGACCAUCCACCAGCUGGACUUUGUGCAGAUGAAAGUCCCGGCGGCCCCCAUGCUGCAGCUGGAGGAGUGCUGCACGCAGAACAACAGCGCCACGUUGUCAUGGAAACAACCGCCGCUGUCCACCAUCGCCGUGGACGGUUACAUCCUGGAGCUCGACGACGGAAACAUGGGGCACUUCAGGGAAGUGUACGUGGGCACGGAGACCAUCUGCACGGUGGACGGGCUUCACUUCAACAGCACCUACAAAGCCCGGGUGAAAGCGUUCAACAACAGCGGGCUGGGCCAGUACAGCAAGACCCUCGUCAUGCAGACCUCCGAGACUGGACUCCCUCCAUGUGAUAUUCAGUCUCUAGGCUCAGUCUCCUGGUUCACCUUCGACCCGGCCUCGGCCCACCAGGACAUCAUCCUGUCCAACGACAACCUGACGGUGUCGUGCAACAGCUACGAUGACAGGGUGGUUAUGGGUAAUUCUGCGUUGUCGCGCGGUGUUCACUACUGGGAGAUGACGGUCGAUCGCUAUGACAACCACCCCGACCCGGCGUUCGGCGUUGCCCGUAGCGACGUGCUGAAGGACGUCAUGCUGGGGAAGGACGACAAGGCCUGGUCGAUGUACGUCGACAACAACCGGUCCUGGUUCAUGCACAACAACUCACACACCAACAGGACGGACGGCGGCAUCAGUAAAGGAGCCACGAUAGGAAUCCUGAUGGACUUCACCCGAGGGAUCCUCAUCUUCCUCAUCAACGACGAGCAGCAGGGGCCGGUCGCCUUCCAGGGCCUGGAGGGCGUCUACUACCCCGCCAUCAGCCUCAACAGGAACGUACAGAUCACGCUGCACACUGGUCUGCCCAUCCCUGAUUUCUACACCACUGGGGAGGCAGAUCCGGCCAACUCGGCCUGCUGAACACUGACCGCGGCGGGGGAAAACUCUCCAGGAUUUCCCAGGGUUCAUCCUGCCUGUCAGUAACUAUAACCCCCCCCCCCCCUCCUCUCUGUAGGAGGCCCAAAGCCAUGCCUUUAUCAUGCAUAAACCUUGGACACUUGGACAAACUGCAGCUCUGAAAUGCACCGUGCUUUGAAAUCUGUUCUGUCGAGUUACAGUUAGUUAGAAAAUCCUGUUUCAAAAUAUGUGCAGUGAUCAUAAUAACCGCUUAAAGGUCCCCUAUUAUACUGUUUUUCAUCAAUAUAUCACAGGUCUCAGAUAUAUACAAAACAUGUCUCUGAAGUGUUUGGCUCCAAACACCAAUCAGAUCAUUGCAGCAUCCC